AUGGCAAGUUUUGAAAAUGCAUUAAUUGGUGGUGUUGCGAGUUCGCUAGCGAAUGUUGCCGUUUAUCCGCUGGAUGUUGCUAAGACUCUGGUGCAGACGCAGUUAAAGGAGGAAUAUGUCAAUAUUCCGACGCCUGAUACGUCUCACGUGUUAGAGGAGGGUGGUAGUGGUAGUAGCAGUAGCGGUGACGAGGGGGGCACGGAGAAGGAAAGGAGCAAAAGGAAGAGUAAGAAAGGUGAUAAGGGGCGGUCUGGGUCGAAGAAGUUGAAUAGGGUGAAGCCGAUUCCUUUCCGGGAUAUCGAGAAUAUUGGCGAGAGCCAAGGGCAGGAGGAGCAAGACAAUACGCCCUAUAAGAAUGCGUUGGAUGUUCUGGUUCGUAUAUACAAGAAGGAAGGGAUUAAGGGGUUGUAUCGAGGGCUUGGGACUUCGAUAGUUGCAGGUUUUUUACAAAGUUUCUCGUAUUUCUUUUGGUAUUCGUUGAUUAGGAAGUACUAUUUCAGGGUGAAAUUGUCCAAAGGUCAAGCUACUAAGUUUACCACACCUGAGGAACUUUUAUUGGGAAUUGUGGCUGCUGGGACCUCGCAAUUCUUUGUUAAUCCUGUAAAUGUCAUUGCAACAACACAGCAAACCAGACAAGGAUACUCGGAUGGUAACGGUGUUGCUACUAUUGCAAAGGAGAUUUAUAGACAACACAAUUCACUUUUAGGGUUUUGGAGAGGUCUCAAGGUUUCAUUGGUUCUAACCAUCAAUCCCUCAAUAACCUAUGCUACCUAUGAAAAAUUGAAAGAUGUUCUUUACCCCUCAAGUGUGGUUCAAUCAGCUACAGAGUUGUUGGAUUCUGCUGCGUUAUUGAGCCCAAUUCAGAAUUUUAUUCUAGGUGUAUUGUCUAAGAUUGUGUCCACAUUGAUCACCCAGCCAUUGAUUGUGGCCAAAGCCUCUUUGCAAAAAAGUGGUACCCAGUUUGACAGCAUGUGUGAAGUUUUGGCCUACUUGUAUACCAAUGAGGGGAUUGGUGCAUAUUGGAAGGGCAUCCUCCCUCAAAUCACUAAGGGAGUCCUAGUCCAGGGCUUACUAUUUAUGUUUAAGGGAGAAUUAACAAAGCUUUUGAGAAGAUUGAUAUUGUACGUCAAAGUGGUUAGAGCUAGGGGAGGCAGAAUUUCGUUCUGA